AAAAUAGAAUCAGGCUAAAGAAACCUCGUUUCUAAUAAUAAUUAUUAUCAUCACUUGUGCUUGUGUGUCUUUGCAAGCAAUAAACCAACCUCGACGAAUCAUCAUCGUUCAGUCAUUCAGUGAACGAAUUUCUCCAGAAUUUUUUCCGUUAGCUUUGUUGUGUUGGAUUUACGUUCGACUUUGAACGUUUCGUACACAUCACAUCAUUUGUACAUCAUCUCAUUUCUGUGUUUUGUGUGUUUCAGGUUCUGGUUCUAAGAGCCAGCCAACAACAAUUCAGUUUGUUUUGUAGUUUCAAUCAAUCAAUCGAAUAAUGUAUCGAAAAAAAGGAAUGGAACGAAUCCAAGAUUCAUUACUACAGGAUUUGGAGCGAGCAACAUCAACGCUCAAGACACAUCCAAGUGGUGGUGGUGGUGGUGGAACAUGGAAACUAAGCAAACCGAAUGAUCCGACAAUAUCAUCAGCUUACAGUACAGCUAAAGUGGCCAAACAUUAUAGUCCACAGUAUUACGUCAAUGAUGAGCCUCUAUAUCAGAAUGAACAAAUGCUAUCCCGAGGAGGACGUGCUAGCGAACAAUCAACAAUGGAUCAUGAUUAUGCACCCAUCAACGGUGCUGGACGCAGUAAUGGUCAUCAGCACUCAACUUCACCAAUUUAUGAAGGUAUCUAUCGUAAAACCACAACAACCAACAGCAACAACGAUAACGACAACGAUGUUGAUCUGAUAACCGAAAAAAUAAGCAUGAUUAAUAAUUUGCUUGAUGAUUUGGAUGCGGCCGCCAGAUCUAGUUAUGUUUCCCGAAAUGGUUCUAAAUCACCUUCACCAUUAUCAUCAAAUGUGAAUCGUUUCCAAACCAAUUCUAAUGCAGCCAUAACUACUAACGGUGGUGCUAGUCCUUAUCUAGCGAAUGGUGGCCACCACCACCAACAACAACAUCGAGAACGUUCGACCGAUAGUGAUCAGGUGAAUGAUUUGAUUCGCAAUCUGGAAUAUAAUCUACAAACGGCAACAACAACCCCCACAUCUUCACCAUACAAUAAACCAGCCAUGUAUGCUGAUAGUAAUGGUAUUGGUGAUCAGCAUCGUCCCCAACAAGCACGAAUUGAACCAGUUUCCGAAUACAAUCGACAAUUGGUCAAUAUUACACCGCAAAAAGCACAAAUGAAUGAAAAUCCUGUCAUUCAGAUUCCUUUGCCUUCGGGUGGACAUGGUCCAGUGUCGCAUGCAACCCGAGAACUUGAUGAUUUGAUGGCAUCAUUAUCCGAUUUUAAGCUCAAUCAAAUCAAAACAACCGGCAAUCAACAAGCCAGCAAUAACAAUUACAUGGCAUUGGGAAAGAUACAGGUUCCCAACAAAGGAUAUGCUCCGAUUUUGAAUGCAGAUCUGGAUUCUAUGAUUGGCAAUUUGGAAAUUGAUCUAAACAAACAAGGUGUAUCAACAACCACCAAAGGUGAUUGUCAUGGUUGUGGUCGUGCAAUUAUUGGUCAGGUUGUUACCGCAUUGGGCACAACAUGGCAUCCUGAACAUUUUGUCUGCAUCAAAUGUCAACAACAACUUGGUGAUCAAACAUUUUUCGAACGUGAUGGUCUAGCAUAUUGUGAACAAGAUUAUCAUCGUCUAUUUUCACCUAAAUGUCAUUAUUGCCAGAAACCCAUCUAUGAUAGAUGCAUCACUGCAUUGGAUAAGACAUGGCAUCCGGAACAUUUUUGUUGUGCACAUUGUGGCCAAAAUUUCGGUGAUGAUGGUUAUCAUGAGAAAGCUGGUAAUGCUUAUUGUCGUCAGGAUUUUUUCAAAUUAUUUGCCCCCAAAUGUUCUGGUUGUUCGAAGCCAAUUGAAGAUAAUUAUGUAACUGCUUUGGGUGGUCAAUGGCAUCAGGAUUGUUUUGUUUGUCGGGAUUGCAAAUCACCAUUCACCGAAGGUAAAAGCUAUUUUGAUUUUGAAGGCAGACCCUAUUGUGAGCCCCAUUAUCAUGAUAAACGUGGUAAUCUUUGUGCAUCAUGUCGGCAACCAAUCACUGGUCGUUGCAUAACGGCAAUGUUUCAAAAAUAUCAUCCUGAACAUUUCAUCUGUUCAUUUUGUUUGAAACAAUUGAACAAAGGAACAUUUAAAAAACACAAUGAAAAACCUUAUUGUCAUUCAUGUUUCGAUAAACUAUUUGCCUAACCUGUCUAGCAAUUUCAAAUCAAUUCUAUCCUUUCCCCCUGACAAUAUCAAUUACUAUUCAAAACAGAAAUUAAAUUGAAAAAAAAAGAAUUUUAAUGUAAA